CAAAUCUGCACCGCAUUAGGAGGACUGGCCAUCCCUGCUCAACCUUCCGUCUCCUUUCCUUCCCUCCCCGUCACUUGCCAUCUCCCAGAUGACCUUUUUUAGAGCUCUCUCGAGGGCAUUCUCUUCGCCUGCUCGGCCGCGCCCCAGUGCGGGGGCUCUAUCAUACCCUCGCUUCGCAGGCCCGACACCGGCAUUUGCAGUCUAUGCUCCUCCCACACUCCUGCUCUUUUCCUACUUUUCCUCGACCGCUCCCAUUCAUGCCGACGAAGCUCGCCCGAAAUCAAAGUCUUCGACGCUCUUCCGCGCAGCCAGCCCAGCGGCGCUCCGCAAUCCCGUCACGAACCUCGUCUUUUUGCGCGUGCGCGACGAUGCAGACGAGCGGCGGGCGCAUGAAGGCUGGGUCGGCUACUUUCGAGAAGCCGGCUUCGACUGUGUCGAGAUGAACCUCGACAUCGUGGGAGCGUCGAGCGAUGAUGAAGGGGCGUGGAGCAAAGAACUCGAGGGCCAGUUGCGACUUCUCUCGCUGCAGCGUGCCCCGCUUCUCUUCUGUCGAUCUCCCGCCUCGACCGAUGCGGCCACUUCGCACAUAGGUUCUGGCUCAGCAAGGGCCAGUGGGCUCGUGCUGGUGGUACCCUCAGAGGAGAAGCGGCAGGAGGUCCAAGCGCGGUUAGAUGAACUCAAGAUCGACACAAAAAGGAACAGAGUUUUGAUUGUCGUCGAAUCGGAGGGCAAAGAUGACUCGGCUAUCCGGAGCGUCGAGCGGUGGAUCACAUCAGAAGGGCUUGCUUGAUGAUGAAAUGCCCUAAUCAAUGAAGGUUAAGAAAUACAAUGUGGGAGGCUUG